GAACGGUUUAUUAAUAUGGGCUAGGAAACAACGUGGGCCAUAUUAUGAUCCAACGACACGCAUGUAUCAUGUCAAUAGAAAUUCGAAAAAAUAUUUUGCAGGAUAUACUGAAGCGGACGCUGAAAUUGAGAACGAUGCUUUAGGACUGACUGGCCAAAAAAGUGUGCAUAAUAGUUUCAUUAAACCUGCAUUACACAUUGUUGACAAAGAGUCGAUAGUUUACGGAAACAACAUGUCCCCUGCCCGCGUUGGUAACCCAAGCGGUCGGAGACCUGGACGCCCAAG